AAAUGUCAACAUAAACAACAGUCUAUGUAAUGUGAACGAUGCGGAAAGGAACAAUGAAUUGCUACGAUUGAUCACAACUUUCAUCUAUUUCUGUGCCGAGUGGGACUGUGAUACCUGAACGAGUGCAAAGAAUAGACAUUCAAGAUAGAAAAUGGAGGAGAACAUAGCUCUAGAAGUGAGAUUUGAAGGAGAAACACAAAUUUACAGCCCUGCGUACAAGACGAAAUGGCAGGAUUUGCUUGCGAUGCUCAAGUGUUCCUUCGACCUGGAAGACAUUGUUGUAACUUACAUUGAUGAUGAGGAAGAUGAGAUUGCUGUAGACACUGAAGAAGAGUAUGACCAGGCCAAAGCGCUGGCCUCCAAGUGUAAUAACGUGCUUCGUCUUAGAGUCUCCAGAGUAAUUAUAUUAGACACCCUUCCAAAGGAAAGCCCAAGUCUCCCUGAGACAACAGAAGCAGUUAAAAGGAAGAGAAUGCACACUCCACCUCGGCCAGAAAAAGAAACACCCUACCCGCAGCCGGGCCCUGCCCUCCCCAGUACCCCUCCCAUACCCGUUCCCCCACCACGCCCAAAAGUCCCACCUCGUCUGAACCGGACGACUUCCCUGCCAGGCCAUAAGCAGCCCUCUGAUGUGAGUGGUUAUGUGAUGAAGGCUAUGGAGGAACUCAAACAGCUUAACAUAUCUACUCCAGAGCAGAGUGAUGGUCCUAACAAAGAAAAAGAGGUGAUUGACCAGAUUGUCAAAGGUGUUCUUGAUGGUCUAGGUAGUGGUCCCUUGGAAAAGACCAGGCCCUUCUCUUGGGAACCAUCCCAGAUGUUGGCUGGGACCAGGACCCCAAUUUGCUCCAGCCCUCUGACUUCUGAACAAGGAACUAAGCCUAAGAACAGAACACCAGCCAAGUUAGUACAUGUAGGCAUCACAUGUGAUAAAUGCGAAGGUGUCAUCACCGGCUUCAGAUACAAGUGUGGCCAUUGUCUGGACUUUGACCUUUGCGAGGAGUGUGAAGCCCAGCCAGGUACCCAUGACCCUAACCAUGUGUUCCUGAAGCUCAAACGACCAGCAUACCGUGUAGGGGUCAAGUCUGAUGGUAGGGUAGCUCCUAUCUUCAAGCAUCCCAUCUAUGCUGAUGAUGACACACCGGUCUGGGAAUACAAAAUCAAGAAACUAGAAGAGAAGAUGGCCAGGAAAGCUGCAAGGGCAGAGCUCAAGCGCAAGUACCGGGAGGAGAAACACCGUGUCAGGGUCGAGUGUCACAGCCAGGUGUCCCCAACCAAGAGAGAGAGGAUAGAGAAGAUGGCAGAAAAGCAGGCCGAGCAGAUCAUGGCUGCUGCCAGCAUUGCUGCCACCCCUACAACGCCCACCACUUCAGCAGCAGAUUCUACAACUGAAAUAACUCCUCUGCUUGCACUAGCUAAGUAUGGUGCUGGAUUUGUCAGUGACGGUAACUUACCCGAUGAGACACAUCUGCAGCCCCUGACUAAGUUCGUCAAGAGCUGGAUCAUGAUCAACAAUGGGAGUGUGAAAUGGAACUCAGAUACCAAGUUGAAGUACCUGUGGGGUAACAUCAAGAUCCUGUCAGCUGACUCUAUGGACAUCCCACUCCUGUCUCCCGGGGAGGAAGGACCAAUCUGUGUGGACUUUGAAGCUUCAGACAAACCAGGCCACUAUCAAAGCCACUGGAGACUCACACAGAAGGGCGAACAGUUCGGCCAUCGUGUCUGGUGCAAUAUUAUCGUGGACAAGGCCGAGGUCCUGGAGCCCAGGUGUGAGAGUAAGAAGACCGUGCAGGAGGAGCUCAUUCUGCCCAAAGUCAAGGAGGAUGAAACAGUCGAGACUGAUUCCAGUGAGAACACACCCUCUAGUGACAUGGCUCACCUCCAGAGUGACCAAUCAGAUAGUUGCUCUCCAACCAGGAUGGCCUCACGCUCCGACGUCCUCACUGCUCAUGAUGUCUUCUCCUUCGAGCUGCUCAGUAUCCAUGAUGAUCAGGAGGCAGACAAGGAGGUAGCUGGUGUGAACAGCCCUGCUGCUACAACAACACCAAACAACACUCCCAUAGUUGGACUGACCCCCUGCAUCUCGCCCAUCCCUCAGCUAGAUGAGAAGCUCCUAUGCCGUAGGGUCUCAGAGCACAGUGAUCUUGAGAUCAUCCGAAGGGAAGACAUUCCAGAGAUCAUUGAAACCCAGGACAUGGUGAGAGAUGAACCAGGUUUCGAGAUGGCUCAGGAUGGUGUAGCAGUCGCUUUCUCGUUCUCUGAUGAAGAUUUAGAUGACGUUGAGAGUAUCUGUAGUUCAUCUGACAGUGACAUGUUAGAUGAUUACUGUGUGGUGCCUCUACCAGAUUGCUUUGAUCCAACCAAGCCCUUGGAUAAAUCCAUGAUUCUCUCCAGGACAUCCAUGUCUUCAUCAAUGACUUCUAGCGUUCUAGCACCAAAUGCUGAGAACGCACCACUGGUCAGGCUACCAAGUUAUGAGGAGAGCCAGGCAGAGCUUGGAGGUUCCACCACUCCUCAAGCGUCUGCUCUCAUCAUCCAAGAGGACGAGGUUCCUCAGUUUUCUGCAGCCGCUGAAGACAUCACUGCCCCAUCAGCAGAGCAAGACGGUGGAAGGACAGAAGAGAUCAUUCAGAUGGAAGAGGUUCCAGAGGAAGAAGCAACCAAUGUGGCACCUUCUGUGGAUGCCAUCCUAAGCACCUCCAACCCUGCUCUAGAGAUCACUCCACUCAUCCCACUGGUAGCUGCAACCCCUGUUCAGACCACCAUCCCCCCAUCCUCCCCCAAGCCAACCACUCCUAGCCAGGAGACAGUCACAAUGGCACCCAUGCCAGAGAUCACUCUCCUGGCCAGCCCAGUACCAACCCAGUUUGAGGAAGCUGUGCUCAUCAACCCAGAAGGGAGUGUCAUGUAUGCUACUAGACAGCCAGAGGUUGUGAGAGAGACUCGUACAACCCCUGUAUCUAGUGCUGCUGAAGGGACCAAUCUGGACUUGAUCGAGACAACUGUCCAACCACAAGAGACACAGGUUCAAGAUCGUGAAAGGCAUGAGGAACAUGAUGAUGAGUUCCAUGAUGCUCAAGACGUACCAACCCAACAGGAGAACACCCAGUAUAACAAUACCUACAAUGAUGUCCAAGUGGAAGCUGACCCAGUCGAUCUCUUAGGGUACACAGCAGCUCGUGCAGUUGAGGUAGCAGGGAAUGUAGUGAGACAAGCCUUUGGCACAGCAGCGAGCUCAGUGAACGCCCUGCUAAGACCCCAGCCAAUCCCUAGGCCUGCUCCGUAUGAACCACCAAACCUAUCAUCUAUGGAUCAGCUGAUUGAGAUGGGGUUCGGAGAUAGGACCAAGAACCAACAACUUCUUGAGAAGCACAAUGAUGACGUCUCCAAGUGUGUCCAGGAUCUCCUACAGGCAGAGGACAAUGAUUGGACCGAUAACAGGCAUUAGGACCUGGACCUGAUGAUGCCACCAAGACCGUAAUUGAUCCAAUAAGGACAUUGAUUCACAUACACACUAUCAUUACAGAUUUUGAAAAUUUGGAAGUGUAUCCACACUUCUUUAAUAUUGAAGAAAUUUCUAGGAAAAAACUACUUGUAGUUAUUCCAUUGAUUAUCAAUGAAUACUAUCUAAUGUAUAGUGCACAUGUACAUUGUACUUUCUGUGUCAAGUUUAUUAUUCAUAAGAUGUGUUUGAAAGAGGAUUCAUAAAUGUGUGAAUUUUAAAGACAAUUGUUGUGGACAAUAUUACUUUACUAUACCAGUCAUUAGAGUACAUUAAGUAAAAUUUGUACAAUGUAAGUGGAUGCAAGUUACGAAAAAUCUUAUUCGUCAAAAUGAGAACUUCUUACUGUACAGAACUGCACAUGUGUUAUAUGACUUCUUUUGCAUUUGUGUAACACACUUAUAUUUCUUCAUUUUCCUGUAAAGGUCAAGUUGGAACUUAUUAUAUAUUUCAAAGAAUACUCAAGCUUCUUUUAUUUCUUCCGAUUAUACAUGUGCUGUUAUGUUAUUUUCUUUUUACUAGUAUGUAAUUAAAUAUGUGUGCCUAUGGCAUGACAAACAAAGGUCAUUGGUUACUUAUAGAAUGAGUAGAUAUGCUUACAUGUAUGAAAUUCAGAAUGCCAUAAUUUUUUCCCCUGGCACUACUUUGUUUUUGUGACAUUCACUUUUGAAAUCAGACUGCCCUGUAGAGUAUAAAUCAUAUUUUUAAGAUCAUUACAUUUUUGCACAUAUAACUUUUUCUCACUAAUAAGUUAAUCUUUUAUCACUAUGCCAAUGUUGUAUACUUCCUUUGCAUGGUAUGAUCGUGUGAUAUUUGCAUGUUACUUGUGAAAACUGAACAUUUUUAUUUUUUUGGUCAAAAAAUGUGCCCCUGGCAAACUUUCUUCAUUCAGAUGUUAUUGAUCUAUGAUACUAACACAUUUUGUAAAGUAAAUAUGUAUUAAUAACUGUAAAUCUGUGUGACUGAAGUGAUUUUAUGCCAGAUUGAUUUGAUUUGAUCAAGUACUGCAUGAUACAAAAGUAUCUCUUUUAUUUUAUUUUUCUCUAUCAUGUAUCAAUUAUUAUGUAAUAAUUGUAAAUAUUUUCAAGAGGAUAUAACACUUAUAUGGUGUAGAGUUAAAAUGAUAUAAGAUAUGUAUCAUAAUUUGUAGAUAUAAAAAAAAUGAUGAACAGUGCAGAUACCCUUAUAUUUGAGGAUAUUAAGUUUCACCAUGUAAAAAGUAAAUUAUUAAGCUUCAAGAUCUUCUUUACAUAACAUAGAAAGUUAGAAGAGGUUUUUGUGUCUCCAUACUAUGUCUUCUCUUUGCUACUUUAAAAGCCCUCAAUAUAUGUACUUAUUACAAUAAUCUAAUGAAGCUAGGUACCCUCAUAUUGCCAAUUAAUUUACACUUACAAAUCCUCCCUCCAAUACUUUCAAUCCACUUUCUUUUGGUAUAAUGGUUUCUGAACUCAAUAUAAUGUUCUAGUUUAUAUGUGGUAUAUUUCCAAUUGAUCUAGGUUUUAGAUUUCCUGUGGUAUAAGGGCAGAAGCUUUCAAAUAUCUGUUUUUGUGAUCUGAUAUUGUCAAAGCAUUGUGAAUCCACAAACUUGCAGGAAGUAAGAAAGAUAACAAGCCGCACUGACUUCACAACUUUGUUGAAAAUGUGGUUGUCUAAUCUAUCCCUGCAUCAAAUGGCUUGGUAAUUAUUGAGAGAUAAGAAAUAUUACAGACUUAUAUAGACAAUAUAUGUGAUGUAACCAAAGAGGACUAUAUAUAAUAUAAUAUUAUCCUGGCAGAGAAAAAUUAACCUCCAUUUUAAAUUUUUUAUUUUACUCUUAUUUUCUUGAAUUGAACAGUGUUGGGGACACCAAUGCUAAACAAAGGAAUACUUUACUGUUUGUGUAUAGAUGAUUUAUUCAGAGUUUGAAGAGGAUAUGCAGCUUAAGAAUUGAGUAUGAUCAUCAUGUAUUUGACAUUUUUAAUUUAAAGUGAAUAGCGGAAGAUGUGAUUGCUGUAAAGCUAGUGUAAUUUGCAUGUAAGGAUGUAUGAGGUGUGAGAGAGCGACACGGAGGUGAAAAUCAUCUUGAAGAAUGUGUUAUUAUGUGAAAAAUGAAAAAAAAUGAGUAUAUUAAAAUAAAGAUGUAUAUGCAA